AAUCAAUCCCAGAUAGUGAGUCACACAGCCCCGCUCCUGUGCGAGGUAAGUCCACUACGGGCUUGUCAUAUCCCGUACUGCUGGGAACUUUUUGUUCCAAGUGGCUGAAUCUAAAACAACAUUUCCAGUGAGUGCUCGCCAGCAGAGGAAGACAGGUCGCGCCAGUACGCCCCACGGUAUGAACGCACUUGGUCGUGACAGCAUCAAGUAACUGGAGCAGUUUAUUGUGAAACAGUUUGAAUUCGUGAUGACACAGAAGGUCCACUGCGUGCUACCAGGCUGGUGCAGCGUCCCGUUGCUGCUGCUCCUCCAGCUGACUGCUGCUCAGAGAGCUACCUGCCCUGACCAGUGCAUCCCACUGGCUCAAUGUCCUGAGCUGCUGCAGCUGCUGAAGAAGCCUACUCCUGAGAAUCUCAGCGCUCUGCAGCGGCUCACUUGCUCCUAUGAGAGAGAACCCAAGAUCUGUUGCCCCAGAAAUGUUGCGCCACAACCAACGUUCUUGUUGCCAAGUAAGUGUGGUCUUGGGUCGGACCUUAGCAGAGUUUAUGGAGGAACCGUGGCGCCCAUUGAUAGUCAUCCUUGGAUGGCUGUUUUAGAAUACUCAGAGGCUGGAGUCCCAGAGUUAAAGGUCCACUGUGGCGGGUCAAUAAUUAAUGAGAGAUACAUACUGACGGCUGCGCACUGUGUACAUCCUUCUGCAUUAAAUAAAAGGAAACUUGAAAUCAUCCGCCUAGGAGACUGGGACUUGAGCUCUGACACGGACUGUGAGAUUACUCGACAAGGAAAUAAAAACUGUGUGCCCCCGGCCCAGGACUUUACUCAUGAAGAGGUCAUAAUUCACCCCGACUAUAAUACUAGAGUACAAUUUUCUGAUGAUAUUGCUCUUAUCAGACUCAGUAAAUCCAUCGACCUUACUGCACAGAAAAAAAGGAUUCGAGCAGUAUGUCUUCCACCAGAGGGACUAAAUGUUUCAAGCUUGGCCUCUCAAAGGGAUGCAUGGAUAGCUGGCUGGGGCUUCACAGAAAAUGGAACAACUAGUAACAGGCUACUCCAUGUUCGGUUGCCAUUUGUUAAUAAAGAGAAGUGCAAUAUUACUUACAAUGGAAAUGUGGUUGAUGAACAGAUGUGUGUAGGAGGCCGUAAAGGACAAGACUCUUGUGCAGGAGACUCGGGUGGUCCUCUAGUGAUGGCAGGACCUUCAGGUCCACCCUUCCUGCAAAUUGGAGUGGUGUCUUAUGGUCCCGUAAACUGUGGGCAAAUGGAUAAACCAGCUGUUUAUACUUCUGUUGCUCACUAUAGAAAAUGGAUUGAAAAGAACAUGAGACUCUAAAGUACUGUACUAGGAAAACAUAAAGGGUACAGAUAACCAUAUAAUACAAGAAACUAGACAGUAUGCACAAAUUCUUGUAUAUUUUUUUUAAUUUGGUGACAUUUGGAUCACAUCACAAAAGACUUAUUCAUAUCCAAUAGCUACUGGCAUUUUAAGUUACAAGAUGGAGAUGUUACAAUAUUUCUGUGCUGUGUAAUUUUGACUGGUAGAGUAUAAAGCAACGUGUUCUUAGGGGAUUAUUAUUAAUUAGACUAUAAAAAAUAUGCUGAAGGGUUUUACUAUCUUGCAACAUUUACUUGUACACUGUCACUGAGUAAUGAAUAUAAAAAUACAUUACAAUAGGGAUAUUUAAGAUCAUGCAGUGGACAUAUAUUGUCUAUCUUGAGGUUAUCUUGAGAUGAUUUUGGGGCUUUUUAGUGUCCCUGCGGCCCGGUCCUCGACCAGGCCUCCACCCCCAAGAAGCAGCCUGUGCAGCUGACUAACACCCA